GUCACCACCACCAUGAAGAUCCAGACCAAAGCCACCAGUGUGCUCGAGAGAACGUCGCACUACCUCAAGGUGGGUGUGUUGAAGCAGAAGCCUACGUGGUACGACAUUGUGGGCGCGUACCCACCGCACACCGACUUGACCAAGAAGCCUAAGGUGAUCGAGGCCAAGCUCCAGAACCAGGACCCAGGCGAGUCCAUCUACGCCCACAACGCCGCCAGCGGCUUCUACAAGACCCGUCCGUCCAAGCACGACAGGCGCCAGCAGAACAACGCCAUUUCUCGCUUGCCCAAGUUGGAGUUCUUGGAGGACCAGUUGAGAGAUGUGUUCUACCACCAGCACCCCUGGGAGUUCUCGCGCCCAAAGACGUUGGUGGAGACCCACGGAGACGAGGUUUCCAAGUGCGACUGGGCCACCAUGUUGCAGUUCAACAAGCCAUUGGACGGUGAGUCCGUGGUGCAAAGAACCAUCUGGUUGUUGGCCCAAAACAAGCACCAGCAAACCGAGCUUUCGCUCUUCGAGGCCUACGACAAGGCCCGUUUUGAAUUCUACAAGUUGAGAAUGGAAGAGGAGAUGAACAGCACUGUGUCGCGUGAAGAGUCGUCCAUGUAUGGUGCGGUGUACCCCUCGACCAACAUCGAAUGGGGUCUCAAACAGGAACAAGAGCACAUCGACGUGUGGGCCGACAUUGCCAGCGAAAAGACCAAGGUGUCGCAAGCCAACCAGGGCAGAAACGACGCCAGCGUGGGCGAAGCCGACGACAUCGUGGACGUCCAGAAGUCGAUCUGGGAGACCUCAUUCGAGAUCGAAGGAGAGAAGGAGAAGUAGUGUAAAUAGGGGAUAUGUAUAUAGACAUGACGGGCCACGGGCCACGGGCCUGUCGGGACCUGUUGUGAACAGAAAUUCAUUCUAGACGAUUGAUGCUAAUAGCACUGUAGUUGCUCGUCGUGAUACCACGAUGAUUAUAGAAUGGAGGCAAGGAAAGAGACUGAUCUACACAGAUUACGAGUGUCAACUGAUUUCUUGAAACACACA